CACUGUUGAAGAAAGUCGUUGGAUAGCCAAGUUGCGGAAGUGCGCGCUCAGCAGAGGCUGGCAGCUUGAAAUGCAUUUACAUUAGGACAUUGCGCAGCCUACAGUACAUAUCGACCUGUAACAUGAUUUGUUGUUGGGGAUAUGAUAAUGAAAGAAUAUCUAUUCCACUGAACUGACACCGUUUCGAGUUCAGUAGCUUACCUGCGUUGACCUGAGCGAGACCAAUCGUUAUUUUCAUGCGUCUGGAUUGGUCGGCUGGCGCGUUUACAGAGUUAUGGGUGCAUUACAGUCGUUACCUGAUGAACCCGAAUACAGAGAUCUCUCAGAAAAGACCGGCUUUUCCUUCGAGCAGAUUGGAAUCCUGCAUAAAAGAUUCAAGCAGUUGAGCCACAAUGAAGACACGCUGAGACGAGAUGACCUCAACACAAUUCCAGACCUGUCAUGCAACCCGAUCCGAACCCAAAUUAUAGAGGCCUUCUUUGACAAAAGAAACUUCCAUCAGAAUGGUGAGGGGACGGUCCAGGAGAUCAGCUUUGAGGAGUUCCUGGUGGUCAUGUCCCACUUCAGACCUCCAGCACUGGACAUGACAGAGGAACAGAGAGAGAUGAUCAGGAGGGAAAAACUCCGCUUCCUAUUUAACAUGCACGACACAGACAAUGAUGGAACAAUCACUCUGGAGGAGUACCGACAUGUAGUGGAGGAGCUGCUGUCUAGGAGUGGAGCCCUGGGGAAGGAAACGGCUAAAGGCAUAGCAGACGCUGCCAUGCUGGAGGUAGCCAGUAUCUCCAUGGGUCACAUGGAACCAGAUGAGUUUUAUGAGGGGAUCACUUUUGAACAUUUCCUAAAGAUACUGAAAGAUAUUGAGAUCGAGACAAGAAUGAACAUUCGCUUUUUGAAUAUGGACACGACGAACCUGUGCAAAGACAUGGUUUAAGAAUAUGGACUUGGACUGUGAGUUGGUGAUUGACUGGUUUGGGGCACCUAUACACUUGGACCGAGAGGCCCGAGGUUACUGGUAAGACACUAGGUGGUGGAGUGUCUUUAUGUGAAUGAGCGCUGGUACAAAACUGUAGCCUACUGUUUAGGGGAAAACUAUGCACUAAGGAUGUUGAACUGCUAUACCUGUGUUUGCGCCCCCACCAUCUGCCCCAGGAAUUUCCUUAAAUAUUCCUCACCGUGGUUUGCAUUCACCCGAAGGCAAAUGAGAGUAAUGACGCAUAGUUAAUACUCCAAAUUUCCAGAUAUAUGCCAUUUUAGCAGACGCUUUUAUCCAAAGCGACUUACAGUCAUGUGUGCAUACAUUCUACGUAUGGGUGGUCCCGGGGAUCGAACCCGCUACCCUGGCGUUACAAGCGCCAUGCUCU